AUGUUGGACUUUGGUAUUGCGCGGAAAUACACCGUGGGAGAUACGAAGGAAGUCAAAUUACCAAGGGCCAAAGUAAGCUUUCUCGGUACGGUACGAUUCGCAUCAAGAGCAUGUCAUAAACAACUCGAACAAGGGCGAAAGGAUGAUUUGGAAUGUUGGAUCUAUAUGUUAUUCGACGACGCCAAUGGUUUGCCAUGGAAGAGAGCGGAUCGCUCGAAAGUCGUUCCACUUAAAGAGAAGUUCUGUGUAAGAAUCAAAUUAUAUAGUAAACUCGUUGAACAAUAUAGCAAAAGAGAACAAAAUCGAUCUUACACGAAAAUUGGACUGGAUUGGGGUUCCACCGAGGCCGAUUAA